CGCUCGCUCGCUCGCUCGCGCAGAGGAAAACGUUGCGCAGGUUCAAAAAUGGAACGUCGGCGGCGUGAGGGAGCGCGAGGGGGUGUGCGCGCGUGCGCGUGCGCGUGCGCGCCCGGGCGAGGGUGACGGGGUCCCCGCCGGCCCGAGCAUCGCGCGCCUCAGCCGCGGCCCCGCAGCUCCGCCCCCGGCCCGGCCCGGCCCGGCCCCGGGCCCGCUCGCCCGCCGCCCCGCAUGGAGCUGUCAGCCAUCGGCGAGCAGGUGUUCGCGGUGGAGAGCAUCCGGAAGAAGCGCGUGCGGAAGGGUAAAGUCGAAUAUCUGGUGAAAUGGAAAGGAUGGCCUCCAAAGUACAGCACAUGGGAGCCAGAAGAGCACAUCCUGGACCCCCGCCUGGUCAUGGCCUAUGAGGAGAAGGAGGAGAGAGACCGAGCGUCGGGGUAUAGGAAGAGAGGUCCGAAACCCAAGCGGCUUCUGCUGCAGCGGCUGUACAGCAUGGACCUGCGGAGCUCCCACAAGGCCAAGGGCAAGGAGAAGCUGUGCUUCUCCCUGACGCGCCCACUCGGCAGCGGGAGCCCUGAGGGGGUGGUCAAGGCAGGGGCGCCCGAGCUGGUGGACAAGGGCCCCUUGGUGCCCACCCUGCCCUUCCCGCUCCGCAAGCCGCGCAAGGCCCACAAGUACCUGCGGCUCUCACGCAAGAAGUUCCCGCCCCGCGGGCCCGACCUGGAGAGUCACAGCCAUCCACGGGAGCUCUUCCUGCAGGAGCCAGCAGCCCCGGACGUCCUGCAGGCGGCCGGCGAGUGGGAGCCUGCUGAGCAGCCCCCCGAGGAGGAGGAUGCAGACCUGGCCGAGGGGCCCCCUCCUUGGACUCCCGUGCUCCCCCCGAGCGAAGUGACAGUGACCGAUAUCACCGCCAAUUCCGUCACCGUCACCUUCCGCGAGGCCCAGGCGGCUGAAGGUUUCUUCCGGGACCGCGGCGGGAAGUUCUGAGUCACCGUUUUUACUCUUCGUAAACUGUUUGCUUUUGGGCUUGGGGUGGGGACUUCCAGAGAUGGGGAGGGGUUGGGGGCGGGGUAAUUAUUUUAUUUAAAAAUAUAUGGAACAGGAGAAGGGGGGGAAGAUCCUGACACUUUCCCGCCACCUCGCCCCUUUCUCUGCGUGUGAUGUUUACAGAAAGGCUCGGUGGUCUGUCUGGGGGGCUGGGGAGGCCCGGCAUCGCUCUGUCGGUCAGGGUGCCGUCUCUGGGCCCCCCACCCCCGGAUGCCUCCACCACCAGUGUUCUCUAGAGACGCAGCAGCUGGUCCCAGGAACCAAAGGAGAACGGGAAGGCCCAGACCCUCUCCCUUGAGCCACCCCCUCCCGCCUUUUUGGUUGGUUUCCCUUUUCCGUUUUGGGGGCGGGGGUGGGGGUGGGUCGCUGUGUGUCACUUUCCACCCCGGCUUUGCGGUGGGAUACGGAGGCUGGCUUUGGCCAAAAAGGACUGGGUCAAAAUGAGGGGGCAGGAGGAAGGCUUUGAGGUUGCUGGGGUGCGUUCCAGACCCUUCAGAGAGGUCUUCCCCUGGGGGUGGCUGCCCGCCGAGCCCCUUCUCCGGGGAGCUCCCCCACCCGCAUCGCCUGACCCGUGAGGUGGGCGCACCCGGCCCCAUGCCCUCGCGACCACGCGCGCUGCCUGCAGGCGUGGGCCGUGGGCCUUGCAAAUCUCCUGUUCGGAAACCCUGGCCCGGGGAAUGCGGGGCGAUUCGCAGCACCUGAGAACUUGUCGGGGGCACCCCACCCUUAACCACCCUUGUACAGCACAUCAUGUGACGGGCUCUGUCCCAACUCUGUUUGCUCACAGCUGUCAGCAGAGGGCAGGAUGGCCUCCGAUGCUCCCAGCACGCAGUGGGGUUUUGUGGCUUCACCUGGCCGGCCACAGGUGUGCACGUGUCUGUGCAGGUGCGCCGUGGGUCAGCACUGGCUCUGAGGCACUUGGGCCCUGUCCUUCUUCCCCCGAGGGGCUCUUGUUUUCUCUGACUCAGGUGACUUUUCAACCCUACCCACUCCUCUCUUUUUCUGCCCUCCCAGAGAGGGAGGGAGCGUCCCGUCACCUUCUCAGGGCAGCCUCACCUCCCGAAACUCUCCCUCCUCCCAUUCUGUGUCCCCUUCCCAUUCGUCCGAAAUGCCACAGCCGGGAGCGACCUAGCUUUCCUGUGGGGGGACCUCUGCCGUGUCUCUCUGCCGUCUGGCUGCGGGGGACGGUGGGUCAGGCUGUGUGUAAGCCCCGGGCCCACCCGGCAAGGGGCUGUGGCUGCCAGGAGGAGGGGCCCUCGGUUCCUGGUUUGCGCAAAUGUGCCCCGCAGGCAAGUGGCUUCCCAGGCAAUGAGGAGCGUCCUCUCCCCCUCUCCCCUGCCCCAGCCCCGUAAGGGAGAAAAAGCCAGAUGACAGGGGCGGGGGGGUGGGGGGUGCCAGGGGAGCAAAAGUAAAAGGCUGGCUCCCUCUCCCUUUCCCCCAUCAUCAGAGUGGGGGCGCUUGGGGGGGGCCUGCCCGCCCUCUCCCAGGGCUCUCUCCCCACUCUGCUUUGUCCUGAGGAAGUCAGCAGAACCCUGCUGAGGCAAGGAUAGGGCGGUUCUUCCCCCAGACCCCUUCUCCCCAGGUUCCCAAACCAAAGACAGCCUGUACCCCAUUUUUGUUUGGGGUGCCCUGCUGGCAAGAUUCCUAAAUCCCUGAGUCUCUCUCUCCCCUCCCUCCUUAAUCCUUCGUUGUCCAGGGUCAAUUCAGUGCUUCCAUUGGGGGGUGGUCCCCUCUGGUGGUUCCUCCCAGCCUGGGAAGUUGACUCUAGAGGAGUAUGUGGGGGUGGACCAGGGAAGGAGGGGCACCUGGACACCUCCACCCUGCCCAGCUGGGAGACCCUGGGUCGGGGAAGGGCAGUUUGGAAUUGGGGGGGUGUCUCCCAGGACAGGGGCUCCCAACAGAUGUGAGGGUGGUGGGGAGGGUGGCCGGGGGUGGGGGUCUGUCUGAUUGAAUGCCGUCGCCCGUGGCUUUGGGACCGGGCUGGCGGCUUGCAAUAGAAGGAACCCCCCUCCUCCAGGGGACAUGGGACCUCUUCCUGCCUCAUGGGCACUUUGAAAGAGCUGUUUGUGCAAUUAGCAGGCCUGGAGAUUUGGGGGGCUCUUUGUGGAGUGAGACGGCUGAUGUUCUGUCUGCUGCAGCAAAACGCUUCUUGCCCCUUCCUCAGCAUCCCGCGUCUCAGAGAGGGCAGAACCCUGGGAGCCGGGGCUCCCCGCGGCUCCCUGGGAUGGAGACCUCUAUGAGGGGCUGGGUGCGGCCUUGCAGGCCUCUUCCCAGCCCUGAGCGUCCCAGUGGGGCCUGGGACACUGAGCUCCCACCCCACCCCUCCCCAGAAGGCCAGUACUUGCAGGGGUGGGGGUUCUUAGAAAGAGUUGGACCCCCUGUCUUCCCCCCCUCCAGCCCCCACCCAUUUUGAAUGUAGAGAGCCCGGUCGGUACUUUCCUCUUGCUGUGGGAUGGGGCGAGGAGAGGAUUCCUCCACCCCCGCACGGCCACUUGUGAUGCCCAGCCGAGCCCUGUCAUCCCUCCGGGGUGAUGAUCCCCUUGCUGACUCCCCUCCUGCGGGGGCCGCUAUGCCCGUGUAAGGUGGCUUAGCUUUGCUUUGUAAGUGGCCAGCCCGGCCUCCACGUCUCAGCACAGGAACGCUGCCUUUGCGCGGAAUGAGCGUCGAGCUUUGUUCAGACAACGUGAAUGUAUUUGGGAGGGUUGGGGGUGUGAGUUGAUUCCAAGCACAUGCCUUUUCCGAGUGAGUGUGUGCUGGGAGGGCUAGAGCGGACGCAGAGCGCGGUUUAUUUUUGUACUGAUAUUGGUAAGAGACUGUAUAGCAUCUAUUUAUUUAGAUGAUUUAUCUGGUAAAUGAGGCAAAAAAAAUUAUUAAAAAUACAUUAAAGAUGAUUUUGAAAAAAAAAAAAAAAAAAAAGCUCUUGCAUUCGAGCCUUCGUUUUUGGCGGAGUCACAGCUGGGCCGAGGAAGGAGCUCCAGCCCCCAGGGAUUUAGGUCCCAGGUCUGCCAUUUACUGACCGUGAUCUUGGACAUUUUCUGAGCCCUCCAGAUGUACAGCAGGAUUACUUUGGGUGGGGGUGGGAAAGGGGUUGGGGACUGGAGGCUGGAGCAUAGAUGGGCAGGCGCCCACCAUUAGGGUCCCUGCAGGGUGUCAUCAGAGGCCGGGAUCCCUUCACCUUUUCUCUGCUUCCUGCCAAGAGUGUUCUCUUCUAGAACCCGGGGGUGGUCCAUAUCCCGAGUCUCUGCGGUUGCAGGUUCCGGAACCCUGGACUCUCAUGGGCUAAUGCUCACCUACCGUUCAGCUAAGCUCGGCACACCUGUCUGGGCCCAGAAAGUGGCGGUCGGAGCAAACAUGAGUGGGGGCUGGGAGAGUCCGCUACCCUCCUCUGCAUUUAGGCUCAUGCUGGGCUCAGGGUAGAGACCGCGAACAGGAGCGUGCAGGACUGGUAACAGAGAACAGGUAAGAGUCAACUUGUGUCCCAACCCUCCCAGUGGCCGCCCAGGUGGGGAGUGGUGGUGCCCACAGCCACGGAUGUGUCAGGGAGAGGGGGAGAACGGAUCGGCUGGCGAUAGACUUAGGUGGUAGAAUUACCAAGACUUGGGAAACGAUUUGGUGUGAGGGCGAGGGAGGCAUCACGAUGAUGCCCCGGUUUCUGGUUUGGACAACCGGGUAGAUGGUGGUUCUUCAUGUGGGUGGAGGCUAGAGGAGGAGAAGCAGGUUUGGAGGUGCCUUGGCCACCCCAGAAGCAGAGCCCAAGAUAGGGGCUUUAUUUGGGAAGUGAUCCAAGGAGUAGGGGUGAGGGGGGUAGAAUGGGUCAGGGAAGGAGGAGAAGCCGCAAUGAGGUGGGCUCUUGAGGUCGCCAUUAUGGCAACUACCGUGUCAUUCUACCUGAGGUCACCCCAGAAGGACACACGUGUCGCCCAGAGUCGCCCAUUCCCGAAGGAUGAGGGCCGGGAGCAUUAUUCCCUGAGCCCUGGUCAAGGGUUGCCCCAGGGUUUGCGAACCCAGCCCCCAACUUCCAAGAUUUGCACAUGUCGGCGGCCACCGUCCAUUACCCCAUCUGUCUUAUUGGAAGAGCCUGGGGCAGAAAGUGGAGACGCGCUGCCAGUCUAAUUGCACACGGAACCGUCCCCUUCCACAGCUGACCCAGAGCCGAGGCCAAGUGUGCCCGGGGGGCCACUAAAGGCGUCUGACACGGCCCACGCCUCACACCGCUCCUCUGUGCGUUCGCCACACAAAUUCACUCUCGUGGAGUCUUCCAGACGGUGGCCAGUUACACUCUCUAAACAAAGACUUAGCAGCGAGAGUCCUCGGUGCCUUGGCCAACCCCAAGCCUGUGUCUGACCCUCACCAUCUCCCUCACUCAGCCCGAGUUCGCAUUGGUCCAGGCUGUCUGCCCGGUGGGGUGACCCAGCCUCUUGUCCACAAAGAGUCUGAGUCCUUGUCGACUCGUCUUUGUCAGAUCAGCUGAGUUUGCCGCGAGUGCCCGUUUAAAAUCGCCACCGGGCACUGAGAGAUGCCUCAGUGACCUCUCUACCCGCAGCAUGUGGCGGUGACCCUGGCAUCUCGGGUAAGCAAGGUCAGUUCGCCACAUCAGUUAAGUAACCACGCUUUUCGCCAAAGCGACCGGUUGGUACUUGUAGCUUCCGAGGAAUUCCUUACCCUGUGCCGGAAACCAGGUCGACCUCUGAUUGACCAGGGUCUACACUGCCGCGGUGAGGAGGACCAGUGUAGCGUCUGCCCCCUCGGCUCUCCCUGGACACAGCACUGUUGGUGUCUACACUAGGUCCUGGCGGGCAAUGGCCCAGCUCUGCAGGGCGAUGGUGGCAGUGGUGGGAUGGAUGGGUGGUGUGGGCAGAGAAGGCAAACCCUCAUCGCGCGUUGGUGUCCGAUCUGCUAAGCGUGAACUGCCGACUUCUCCAGCAGGGAAGGAAGCCAGUGUAAUCGAAGGGUCAUCGACCCUUGCCACGAAGGGUCCGGCCGAUCUCCUUGAAGGAUGAUGCCAUAUCGAGGGCGAACCCUCAGCACCUGCCUCUGACAGGUUGGCCAUUCAUCAGCGAUGGGAACUAGCCUCGGGACAACUUUGUGAAAGGAAGCCCGGGCGGCCAGGCCACGCGCACCCUCCGUGUCACACCCACUAUGGUCAUUCCACUGGCGGGCUUACUGUGCAGGCACCGGCUGUCAAGGGCAGAGGCUGGCUGUCGUCCCCUGUCAGAUGGAUAGAUGGCUCGCCCUGUCCUCCUUGUGAGAUCUUCUCUGCGGCGAGUGCUCUCCGACGGGCACAAAUCCAGCGGCGCACGAGAGAAGAACGAGGCACGAACAAGUCAGGGGCAAGAGAAAGGGAGCAGGGGUCGACAGUUGGAAGGACAGUCGCCCCGCACGGCUCCUCAUUCCCAUAUUUAUCGGGAAAGUGCGAACCAUCAACAAAAAGACUUCAAGAUUCACUACAGCGUUCAAAGAGCCUUCUCCGGAGAAGGACAGAACUCGCUUAAGCGCGUGGCGGGAGUCAUCUAGGGUCGAGCGAGCACAAUCAAAGACCCCGAUCGGAUCCGUGGCAGGUGGUUGUGGUCUCUGAGGAAGCAGAGAAGUACAGACCAAAGAGGCAGGCGGCAGGUCCACCUUGAGCGGGUCUCCCAGCUGCUCGGCUUCGCGACGUACGUCGGCCGCCUCUCCAGAGAGACCUUCCAAUAUACAUUUUCUCAAGGCUCUAUUAUUUCUGGCAUA